CAGGUAUAAACGAAAAGUUGUAUUAUUUAAAAUAAAUCGAGCAAAGGUUGUAUUAUUUAUGACAAUUUUUCCUAAGUUUAAUCACCUUAGAAUUUUGAUACAUUACAUAAUUACAUUGGGGGUGUGUUAUUUACAAGUACUAGAUAAGAUAGCCAUCUUUCCCGUCAAAAAAAAAAUAAGAUAGCCAUCUUUUCCUCUUUUAGUGGAAGUUACCUGGAAGCCAAGGCUGUCUUAACCCCUAAAUUUGAAAUUGGUUUCUUAGCCCCUUACGUUGAAAUUAGAGGGAAAAAAAGGUUAACAAGGAAGAGAAAACAUCGGACAAAAUGCCGGUCGCAAAACCUGCUUCGUCAGAGGCAAGGGUCAUUGCUCACCUCGACAUGGACUGCUUCUAUGUUCAAGUGGAGCAGAGGAAACAACCACAGCUGAGGGGUUUACCUACUGCUGUUGUUCAAUACAAUGAAUGGAAAGGAGGUGGUUUGAUUGCUGUUAGCUAUGAGGCCAGAAAAUAUGGUGUUAAACGUUCCAUGCGUGGUGAUGAAGCUAAAAGUGUUUGUCCACAAAUUCAGCUGGUUCAAGUGCCAAUUGCACGUGGCAAAGCUGAUCUUAGUAUUUACCGUGAUGCAGGUUCAGAGGUGGUUUCAAUCCUUGCUAAGACGGGUCGGUGUGAACGAGCAUCAAUUGAUGAAGUUUAUCUUGAUCUUACUGAUGCAGCAGAAACCAUGUUAGCAGAGACUCCUCCAGAGAGCUUGGAUGACUUGGAUGAUGAGGCUUUGAAGUCGCAUGUUCUUGGUCUUGAUGAUGAUGGCACUGAUGCUAAAGAAUGUGUGAGAAUUUGGCUUCAACGAAGUGAUGCUGACCAUAAUGAUAAGUUGCUGUCUUGUGGGGCCCUUAUUGUUGCAGAACUCAGGAACAAUGUCCUGAAAGAAACUGAAUUUACUUGUUCUGCAGGGAUUGCUCAUAACAAGAUGCUGGCCAAAUUAGCUAGUGGCUUAAACAAACCUGCUCAGCAGACUAUUGUGCCAUCUGCUUCUGUGAAAGAGUUUCUUGGGCCCUGGCCUAUAAAGAAAAUGAAACAGCUUGGGGGAAAGCUUGGAGAUUCCUUACAAAGUGACUUAGGGAUCAACACAGUUGGAGACCUGUUGCAGUUUUCAGAGCAGAAGCUUCAAGAACGUUGUGGCUUCAAUACUGGUACUUGGUUGUGGAAUAUUGCAAGGGGUGUCAGUGGGGAAGAGGUCAAAGGUCGGAUCUUACCCCAGAGUCAUGGUUCAGGGAAGACAUUUCCGGGUCCUCGAGCCUUGAGGUCAAUUGACACAGUUUCACAUUGGCUUAAGAAAUUGUGUGAAGAACUCAGUGAGCGUAUUCUUGCAGACUUGGACCAGAAUAAGAGGAUAGCUCACACUCUUACUCUGCAUGUGAGAGCAAAUAAGUCAAGUGACACAGAUUCUCAAAAGAGGUUCCCCUCUAAGUCAUGUCCAUUGCGAUAUGGGAUUAUAAAAAUUCAAGAGGAUGCUCUGAGCCUAUUUCAUGCUGGUCUACGGGAAUUUUUGGGAACAUAUGGAGCUAGGAGCGAAAAAAAUCAGAACAACGAAUGGGGAAUAACUGGUCUUUCUAUCUCAGCUAGCAAAAUAAUUUCCGCACAAGGAACUUGUUCAAUAAGGAAAUUCUUUCCCAGUCAAUGUGCUGUUUCUACUAUUUCAUCGGAAGACACAAAUAAUGAACCGAAUCUUGAAUGGAAAACAGAGAACAACUGGAAUUCAGAGUCUGGUGCUUUUGUUGAGACAGAAGACAACACAAUUAUGCGUGACAUAUCUAGUUUGGAUCAAAAUGUGGAUGAGAGAAUAUCUCAGAAGAAUCAGGGACAAGCUACUUCCUUCUCAUUGUUAGAAAAAGCCACGACAUCCUGUACAUUGUUGGGCCCAGCAACAAAGCCCUACUCUUUAGACCAAGUAAAUGCUGACAGAACAUUGCAAUUAUACAGGAAAGGAAGCAGAAAUUGCAGUGACCUUGUUCAAGGUGGGCCACAUUACAGGUUUCAUGAUAAAGAUCCUACUUUCGUGGCUAUCUCUGGUCCAAAAAGAUGGGAUCCAGAAGUGAAAAAAUCAAAAGCCAAGGGGACACCUUCAAUCUUGAAAUUUCUGAAGAGACCUGAACAUUCUUGUUCCGAGUUGAAGCAUGAACCGAAUGGGACACUCCAGAUAAUCCAUAUGCCAACGUGUUCAGGUGGCAAUAUGCUUCAAAAUACUGAGAAUGCUGUAGCAAGGGAAAAUUGGAGUUAUGAUGUAGAUGAAAUUGAUCCAACCAUUAUAGAGGAGUUACCUGCAGAUAUCCAGGAAGAACUUCGAGACUGGAUGCGACCUUUGAAGCAGCGCCAUUCUGCCAAGCGUAGUAAUAUCACUUCUUACUUUUUACCGUCCAAAGACUCAAGCCAAUAAGAUGCAUUUUUUAUCGACUCUUGGUAGGUUUGAGUGAGAGAUAUCUUGUUUCGGUAAACAAAACUGGUUUGUUGCUGUUAAAUAAUUUUACUGCAGGUAUCGUAACCCUAAGCAUACUUGGCUAAUUUGAGACACUCACUGUGUAAAUAAAUCAAAACAAAUAGGCGACGGAGGAGAUUUUUUACACUUCAGUCACUGAAGUGGCACAUACAAGCAUAAAAGCGUAAGAGUUUUGAUCAAUACAUUUGAAUUUGAAAUUGUAAAUUAUUGUAGAGAAA